AUGCCCAGUGGCACCCCUUCAGAGGCCGAUUCCACGGCUCACCACCAGCCGCCUGCUUCGCACAGGACGCUUCGCUUAGUCGCGAUCGCCUCAUUUCUCCCCGCAUUUCCCCUCUGUAUUGCUCACGGAGUUCUGUCAAACGAUGCAGCUCCUGCAGUCGGUCUUGUUCCACUUGCAUUUUCUUCUGGUGGAAGCUUGUUCCUCCUCCGCCGACGAGAACGAGACGAUGGACUUGCGCAAAAGCUCUCACAUCCUGUGAUGGCCUUUGCUUUUGAUGUGGUAUUAGCGGCAGCUUGUAUGAUUGUGCUGGUCUUUACAUGGAUUUCGAAUGACCAAUUGGCGUCGUUGAGUAUGCUGGCAGCUUAUGCCACUAUUCCCCUUCUCGUCAACUUGUCAGAGUCCCCCAUUAAGAAGUACAUUGCUUUACAGUCAUUCUAUAUGGGCCUUGCUGUCCAUAGUAUCGUACAAUGGCUCGCUUGGCGCACUCUACCUCCUGACUGCCCACACUGUGACCAUCGACUUCGCCCAGAUUUCCCAGAGCUACCAUGGCUUGAUCGUCUACGAGAACGACGAGAUGGAGAUUAUUCAGCCUUGUUUGUGGAUGAAGAGAACAGGUAUCACGAUGACGAGACCGAAGAGACGCUACAGCGUGCUGAGAGUGCCGCGCAGGAGGCAGAGGCGCAACCAGAGGUUGUUGAUGUCAGGAAGAAGAACAGCCGUAGGAAUAGGACUAAUACCCCUCCGUCACGAGAUGAACCUGCGUCUCCAUGGAGCGCCUCGUGA